AUGGAGAUAGUUCAGGAUCUGCACCCACAAACUACAACUACUACUCCAGAGGAAAGAAAAGAGCAACCUCAACAUCAAAAUCAAAGAUUCAGAGAUUACAAAUGGUGGUUUCGUGUAUCUCUCUACAUAGUAUUUCUUCUUGUAGGCCAAUCUGCAGCCACUCUUUUAGGAAGAUUAUACUAUGACAAAGGCGGUAAUAGUAAAUGGAUGGCAACAUUUGUUCAAUCAGCUGGAUUCCCUAUACUACUUCCACUUUACUUUAACUUCGCACACAUCAACCAUGAAAAAACCAAACCAAAAUUUUCCACACUAGUUUCUCUUUACAUAUUUUUUGGCUUACUAUUAGCAGGGGACAAUUUGAUGUAUUCCUAUGGACUUCUAUAUCUUUCACUCUCCACCUAUUCUUUACUAUGUGCAACACAAUUAGCCUUCAAUGCAGUAUUUUCUUUCUUCCUGAAUUCCCAAAAAUUCACAGCUUUCAUAUUCAAUUCUGUCGUUCUGCUAACUAUGUCGGCUGCCUUGCUCGCACUGAAUUCUGAUUCUGACGACGACUCAACGAAUCUUCCUAGAGAUAAGCAAAUACUUGGAUUCAUAUUCACUCUUGGUGCAUCUGCUGCAUUUUCUUUAUAUCUUUCCCUCGUGCAGCUUUCGUUUGACAGAAUUAUUAAAAGUGAAACUUUCUCUGCUAUCUUGAACAUGCAAAUUUACCCUUCUUUCGUAGCGACUUGUGCUUGUGUUGUUGGGUUAUUUGUAAGUGGAGAAUGGAAAGGUUUGCAUAAGGAGAUGAGGGAAUAUGAAAAGGGAAAAGUGUCAUAUAUAAUGACUUUGUUUUGGACUGCUGUGGCUUGGCAAGUAUCUUCCAUUGGUAUGAUAGGGUUAGUUUUAGAUGUAUCUUCAUUGUUCUCAAAUGUGAUAGGUACUGUGGUACUGCCUCUAGUUCCUAUCCUUGCUGUUAUUUUCUUCCAUGACAAGGUUAAUGGGUUGAAGUUUAUAGCUUUGGUGUUAGCAAUAUGGGGAUUUCUUUCCUAUAUUUAUCAACAUUAUCUGGAUGACAAAAAGGCCAAGGCAAAUAAAACCCGUCUUCCGGAGGUUUCAAGGGGCGAGGUAGAGAUUUGUUGA